UAUGUUAAGGGUGUUUACGCAGGCUGCCUAUGUGAUUUGUUGCUCCUUCAAAAGCUGAGGACAGUAAGUUUAUUUGAAUGAAGCUUUAGACCUAGUUCAUGCUGUCUCCAGUAGUAGGCUAGCACUCCUCAGUCCUCAUGAGGGGGCAAAAGGACAGUUUACCCACAUCCUGCACUGCAGUCUGCUCAUGAUCUGCUCUUGUCCCGUGAAGCCAUGCGACUCCACCAGCGACAGCAUGUAAAACUUGGAAGUCAGUCCCGGGAAAUACAAGACCUUCGAUUAGAGUGAAACAAGCUGUUGGUAACAUGGGGAAUAACUCUGGAAAAGAACGACAUGGAUCUGCAGGCACUGCUGCGGACACGUAUGAAACACCUCCUGCCUCACCGAAUAGUCUUAUUUCUACCUGCUCACCAACCACUCAGCUGGUGUCCAUUUCCAACUAUACAAGCACAGCCAUCCCUGAAACGGCUCAAGACACUCUGAGUUCCACCAGUCAGAAUGAUGAGCAAUUGUUGGACUGCAGGACAGGGCCUGCGAUGGAGGCUGAGGAUGGAUUCAAGAUGACAGAAUCACCUAGGCAGGUGUCUCAUCCUUCAGGUGUGUAUGUGAAUGGAAACACAGAAGUGGACGCAAAACUCCUACAGGAGUGUUUAAACACACUGCAGCUCAACAACAAUGAAGAAUCCACAUACAUACUGAACGAUCUGUUAAAAUGUUUUCUGGUGGAGAGGGAGAAGAUGAAGGAGGAAUUGAGAAGCUGUAAAGAAAAGAUUCAGGCAGAACGUGAGGAGUGGCAGCAAUUCCAGUCUGACCUGAAGGUGGCGCUAGUGGUAUCAGACAGACUGAGGGCAGAAGCUGAGGAAGAGCGAAAUACUUUAAGAGCAGCAAGGCAGGACAUGGACACACAGCUAGCCAAUGCCUUGCAGGAUCGCCAGGAGUUCGAAAGUCAAUUGGAGAGCCUCAGAGUUGAGUUGGAGCAAAGCAAGCAGAAACUGAAGCAGGUCACAGACAGCCACCAGGGGGAGCCGGUGAUGAGGGGCCUAGAGAAACAAGAUCAACUGUGGACAAAUGAGAUGAAGGGAAAAAGAGAAAUACACAUCUCUGGUACUACAGAGAGGUCAAGGAGCCUGUGUCGACUGCCCUCAGAUUACCCUGAUGUUGUUGUAAAUGGGACUUCCCUACCCUCAGUUACUAUGGCAACAGAAUCUACUUUUCAGAGCAAGGCUCAAGCAGCAAGUUUAGACCAACAGAGCAACAAGACCAUCUCCAAUAGAGAUAAGAAAGUGGAGAAAUCAGUCCUACAGACAUGCAACUCUUCAGUUUUAGAUGUGACAAAUAAGAUCAACAGGACAAGGACACAGGAGGAUUUCCCAUCAGGACUCAGGUCACUGAGGCUUCAUGGCAGCUCCAGGCGGAACUCCCUGCUUUGCUGGUGUCAAGGCAGAACUCAGGGAUACAAGAAUAUUGAGAUCACUAAUUUCAGCAGUUGCUGGGUGGAUGGUUUGGCCUUUUGUGCGAUUUACCACAGUUACCUCCCCUCUCACAUACCAUAUGACAAACUCAGUCCAGAGAAUAAGAAAGAGAAUCUCAUUCUAGCAUUCCAAACUGGAGAAGGUUUUGGAAUCUCUACAUCACUGACGGUGGAGGAGAUGCUACUAGAUGAAGCACCAGACUGGCACAGAGUUCUGGAAUACGUAGAGAGCAUCUAUCGUCAUUUUGAGAUGUAAGACUGUGAAUAUACACGUCCUGAUCAUUUAUAGUGAUCACGAACGCUUUCAAAAUUCCACCACAGCAUCAGUAUGUGCUCUGAGGGGAGUACACAACUUCAAGUAACCUUAAAGUGGGCCUGAAUGUUGAUCUUUAGCUGUUGAUAUGGGAUCAGAUUUUUUUUUUUUAAUAACUAAGAGGUUUGUAUUAGAGACUAGAUAAGGUUUUGCUGGUUAGCAUGGCCUGCUAACACUUCCACUUAUUCUGACUUCUCACAAACAACAAAUGAUUUGCUUUUUUCAUUAUAUUAUACUGAAGAGCUGUCAAAUGGACUUAAGGGCUUGUGACUGUGUGCUUUCUUGUUGUGCCAUUAACCAAUCAGCAUUGAGCCCAAAAACUAAGCAAACAGGUUGCUUACUUGUGGGGGUCCUGCACCAGCCCUGCAUUCAUCCCACUGAAAUGAACUGGAAUGCUAUUGAAUAGCUUGUCCUAGUAUUAUAGAUCUCCUGAGCAGCUCCUGAGAAAGGCUGGAGUGUCUGUGUAAAGUAGGUUUUUGAGUUGGAUGAAGAGUGUCCAUCAAAAUUACGGUUUUGUUAACCUUUCUGCCCUCUGUUGGUUUUCAUGUGGUGUUGCAGGUUUCAAUUAGUCUGUUUGCCAUUUUGAUGUUGAUUAAUUGAUGACUGAUGUUAAAGCCUGGUUAAGGAACUGAGCUGAUUAUUUCAUUUUGUUUUCUUUGAGCCCCAAAACCAUCACUGAUACUCUGACACCAAAGUACUAUUCGUGUGAUGCAGAUAUUAAAGGAAAAUAAGAUUCCAAAGGCAUGAAUCGAUAAAUAAAUAUUUUGAUUAUAUUGUUUAUGUCUGUUUUUCUUGCUCAAUUCCCAUUAUAACC